CCGGGCAGUGGGGAAGCCACCAGUGGUAGAGCUGGCAAAGACGGAAAAGAGGGAAAGAUAGACAGAAGAGAUAGACAGGAGACGGGGAGACAACCCGAAGGAGAGCGUUUCCCCUCGGCUGACUGUCUGCUACGUUACGAAGCGUCACUUUGAGGUUUGACAGCGGCAGAAUAACUGAAGAGGAUAUGUGACUGGCCUUUUUUUGUUUUUCUUUUUGAAACACGGAGCUUGUUUCACAACCGAGGGCAGUAACGUUAACACAGCCGCAGUAAUCCUGUCACAGCAGGCCUCGUGGAUUAGCUGGCUACCUUUAUCUAAAGGAGUGCCCUAUUGGUUAUUGUUUUCUAACAAAGCCCAUGGAUUACAGUGAGGGUGUUGGAGAGGCCUUGACCACAGUUAUGUCAACACUGCAUCAGGAUACUUCAAGUCAAGAAGCUCUACAGUAGAAGACUGAAGGGAGUUAGUGUUUUCAACUACUAGAUUUAGUAUUUAAGAUUUUUCUCUGGUCAUUUAUUUUACAUUUUUUGCUUACUACAGUUGACUUUUUGGACAAUCAUCUCACGGUUUUGAUUCAGCCGAUUUAUUCAUUUGACCCAGAUACUCUUACGUCUCUGCAGUAUACACCUUAUAUUGUCUCACCAUGUACGGUAGCUCACGUUCUGUCUCCAAGCUGGAUGUUGUUGGAUCCAAUGGUAACGGGUCAGUGUCUGGGAGUCCCGGUCGCUCCCCGCGCCUCCCUCGCUCCCCACGCCUCGGACACCGGAGGAACAGCAGCAGCAGCUCCACCGGUGGACUAACCGGCUCUGGUAAAACACUGUCCAUGGAGAAUAUUCAGUCUCUUAAUGCUGCCUAUGCCACGGGCGGUCCUAUGUACUUCACUGACACAGCUGACGACCCGGUCGGCAUUGGGAGUCUGGGCAGUGGGCUGAAUCCCUCGCUGCCCAAAAGCACCAUGACCUUGGGGAGGGCUGGGGCCAGGGUUCCCUACGGGGUCAGGGCGGCCAUUAUGGGGAGCAGUCCAAAUAUAAACACUGGAGGAGGAGGGGGAGGCGGUGGAGCGGUCAUGCCCAGUGAUGCUAUAGCGUUUGGGGGGGAACUGCAAAACCAGCCUCCACAGGCAGCUACUGUGCCCCACUCCAUGAGACAGGUGAGAGAUGGUGCCAUGUCAGACCUGCAGACACAACUAAGAGAAGUGCUGAGAGAGAAUGAACUACUACGCAGAGAACUGGAGGCUAAAGAGUCCAAGCUUAGCUCCUCUAUGAACUCCAUUAAGACGUUUUGGAGUCCAGAGCUGAAGAAAGAGCGAGCGCUCAGGAAGGAUGAAGCCACAAAGAUGACUGUCUGGAAGGAACAAUACAGAGUGGUACAAGAGGAAACACAGCAUCUUCAGUGCACCAUCCAGGCUUUACAAGAUGAGCUCCGAAUCCAACGAGAUCUCAACCAGCUCUUCCAGUCCGAUUACUCGGAGUCCGGUCACCUCGGAAACCACCCCAUCUCCCCUCAGGAAAUGACAGAGGAGAACUUCCUGCGUCUCCACGGCGAGUACGAGCGGCAGAUCAAAGAGCUCUUCCUCCUGAGGAAGACUGUGGAAGAAAUGGAGCUGAGGAUAGAUACACAAAAACACACACUAACUGCCAGGGACGAGUCAAUAAAGAAGUUACUGGAAAUGUUGCAGAGUAAAGGUCUGUCGUCACGGGCAACAGAAGAGGACCAUGAACGUACAAGGCGACUGGCUGAUGCUGAGAUGACCAUCCAUCAGCUGGAGGGCCUACUGGAGCGAAAAGACAAGGAGAUGCUCCAACUCAGAGAGGAGCUGCACAGGAGAUAUGAAGCAGCUCCAGAGUCAACAAAGACCAAGGCCCUGCAGACAGUCAUCGAAAUGAAGGAUGCAAAGAUCAGCUCACUGGAGCGCGGCAUGAGAGAGCUGGAGGAGGAGGUGAACAUGCUCAAGUCCAACGGAGCUCUGAGCAGUGAGGAGAGAGAGGAGGAGAUCAAACAGAUGGAAGUCUACAGAUCCCACUCCAAGUUCAUGAAGAACAAGGUUGAGCAGCUGAAGGAAGAGCUAACUCACAGCCAAUCAGAGAAGGAGGAGCUAAGGCAACGAGCCAAUGAGCUUCAGCGGGAGGUGUCAGCAAUGGACCAGGCGAAGCAGGAUCUGAGUCGUAAGGACAGCGAGCUGUUGGCUCUCAGGACCAAACUGGACACUCUGAACAAUCAGUUCUCUGACAGUAAACAACACGUGGAUGUUCUCAAAGAGUCGCUCACUGCCAAAGAACAGAGAGCCGCCAUACUUCAGACUGAGGUGGAUGCCCUGCGUCUGCGACUAGAAGAAAAGGAAUCUCUCCUCUCUAAAAAGAGUCAGCAGAUAUCAGAGCUGACAGAGGAGAAGAGCACUCAGCAAGGAGAGAUCACCGACCUCAAAGACAUGCUGGACGUCAAAGAACGCAAAGUUAAUGUGCUGCAGAAGAAGAUAGAGAACCUCCAGGAUCAGCUGAGGGAUAAAGAGAAACAGCUUAGCGGUCUGAAAGACAGAGUCAAGUCUUUACAGACAGACACUUCCAACACCGACACAGCACUGGGAACACUGGAGGAGGCUCUGGCUGAGAAGGAGCGAAUCAUUGAGCGCCUGAAGGAGCAGCGAGAGAGGGAGGAGAGAGAAAAGGGAGAGGAGAUGGAGUCCAGCAAGAAGGAGCUGAAGGAAUUGAGGGAGAAAGUUUCCCAGCUACAGGCUGACCUGGCUGACCGCGAGACAUCGGUGUUGGAUCUGAAGGAGAAGGCUUCCUCUCUGGCUUCCUCCACUCUGAAGAAGGACAACAGGCUGAAGAGUCUGGAGAUCGGCCUGGAGCAGAAGAGGGAGGAGUGUAUCAAACUGGAGAACCAGCUUAAGAAGGCUCAGAGUGCAGCAGCAGAGUCCCAGGCCAGCACUGAACUCUCCGAACGCAUCUCCUGCCUGGAGCAGGAAGUGACCCAGCACAAGGAGGAUGCUGGAAAGGCCCAGUCUGAGGUGGAACGGCUGCUGGAGAUCCUGAGGGAGAUGGAGAAUGAAAAGAACGACAAGGAGAAAAAGAUCCACGAACUGGAGAGAAAUCCUUCCGCUUCUCAUCUGUGGCGUUCUCAGCAGUCGCGAAAACAGGCCCCUCCCCCUGCUGCAUCUCAGCAGCCUAUGGGGGGGAUGGUGUGGGACUACCUGGGCACUCUUGCCUCAAGGCAGAUGAAGGACCAGUCGAAGAAGGUGGCCAACCUGAAACACAAGGAGCAGCUGGAGAAAAGCAGGAACGCCCAGCUCAUGGAGGAGGCCAAGAAGAGAGAGGACAAUCUCAGCGAAAGCUCCCAGCAGAUUAAGGACUCCCUCCGUCAGAAGGAGGAUCGCAUCGAAGAGCUGGAGGAGGCGCUGAGAGAGAGCGUUCAGAUCACAGCAGAGAGGGAGGUGGUGCUCGCCCAGGAGGAGCAAGCACGCACACAGUCCGAGAAACAGGUGGAGGACCUGCUGGUUGCCAUGGAGAAGGUGAAACAGGAACUGGAGGUGAUGAAAGCCAAGCUGUCAUCAACUCAGCUCUCACUGGCCGAGAAGGAAGGUCACCUGACCGCCCUGCGGGCUGAGAGGCGGAAGCACCUGGAGGAGGUCCUGGAGAUGAAGCAAGAGGCGCUGCUGGCUGCUAUUAGUGAGAAAGACGCCAACAUCGCCCUGCUAGAGCUCUCCUCAUCCAAGAAGAAGAAAACCCAGGAGGAGGUGGCCGCUCUGAAGAGGGAGAAGGACAGUCUGGUCCAGCAGCUCAAACAGCAGACUCAAAACCGGAUGAAGUUGAUGGCGGACAACUACGAGGACGACCACCUAAAGGUCGCGUCUCCAAACUCAGAGCAGCCCAACAAUCACAAACCCUCCCCAGACCAGAUUCUUUCUCCCCUCCUGGAUCUCAAUCAGAAUCGCAGUAAACUGAAGCUGUACAUCAGUCACCUGACCUCACUGUGUCAGGAGCGAGACCCAAUCAUAUUGCAGGACUUCGCCCCGCCCCCGGCCUAUCACCGCUCUGACUCCGCCUCCUGGCAUACGCAGCUGCACAGCAUGACGCAGGAACAGUUGGAGGCGGAGUUAGAGCUGUGUGAGAGGGAGGGCGCGGAGCUCCAGGAGUACGCCAAUCAGGUCCUGCAGCAGAUCGCCGACCGAUGCCCCGACAUCUUGGAACAAGUCGUCAACGCCCUGGAGGACAGCUGCUGACACUCGCACACAAGCAGAUACACACUCAUAAAUAAGCUCACAUGAACACAUUCAUUAGCACACAGUCAAACAAGAAGCACGCAAACAUGCACCAAACGUUUAAUACUCAGUCACACACACAGGAAGUCUCCAACAAGCCCCCUUAAUCCUCCUGACACACAAGUAAAAGCCACAGUGUUGGAAAUGAAGAUGAAGACUUUUGCUUCCACAGCUCUUCACUCAUCUCAUUUUCACAGAUGGAAAAGGGGAUCUAAAAAAAAAAUAUCACAUUAUUACUGAAAAAUAUUCUUCCACUGAGUCCUCAGUCACCAGAGUUUUGAAUUAGCAGUGCCAGCUGAGGGAAUCAUUGUUCAUUUUUCAGUUCAGAGUGCGUUGUUGGCUUGCUAGUUCAUUGGAAAUAGUUGAUGUUUUUGAGACGUUAAACAUGUACUUUCCUAACUGGUCCAAAACAGAAGGAGCCUUCACUUCACUUCACUUCACUUGCCAUCUGUGACUCUUCGCAGUGGCCAUCUUGUGUCCUUCCAGGCAGUCAGCAGUUGGACUCGCAAUCGUGAUUUCAUGAAUUUAAAAAUUCAAACUGUAUAAAAAGGUUGAAAGUGAGCUGAGUUUGCCAUGUUGUCUCUGAUGCCAGAUUUACACACUGUUGCCACAUUGUUAUUUGAUUGGUUCAGAUACAAAAGUGUUUUAUUUCAGCUGCCUUUGGUUCUUUACAUCAUUUGCUGCUAUCUUUUCUUAUCAUUUCUUAUUUGGUUUUAGUUUUUUGUCAGGUAUCUGAUGAAAUGUACCAGCUUGCAGUUUCUUUCAGCAGUAAUCUCUAGGUAGUUGUGUAAAUUGUAAAGAGAGAAGUUUAAUUAACAGAAACACAGCUUUCAUCAGGGGAACAUGACGCUUUUCAUCUAUUGUUUUCCAUCACAGAUGAAAGGCACAAACUAACUACAAUAAAUCUCGCAAUACUCCCUUUAUUAAAACACACCAGUGUAGAUGGUUUGUGUUUCUUUUUAACCUAAGAAAACAACAUGUUGUGUUCAGUUAUGGUGUCCAUGCUGAAAUUACGUUGAGUUCAGAUAAUCCCUCACUCGACCUUUUGUGACAAUCCCUUUAGAGUUAACACAAGGAGAAUCUGAACUUACUCAUUUCCCCUUAUUGAAGCAUCUUUUCUUUUCUUUCUUGUCUUUCUUUCUUGGGAGGGAGGGAGGAAAUAUAAAGUAAUUGUUAUAUAUUUUUUGCUUUUGGUAAUAUAUAUAUAUAUGUAUAUAUAUAUGUAUAUAUAUAUGUGUGUGUAUAUAUAUAUAUAUAUAUAUAUAUAUAUAUAUAUAUAUAUAUAUAUUUAUAUAUAUAUUAAAAAAAAACAUUUAUCUUGUUUAAUUGAAAAUAUUGUCAUCUAUUGGUUGGUAUGUUACAUAAUGUGUCAAAAUCUUUUUUCUUUUUGUGAUUUGCAAGAAACCACAGAUUUGUUCCACACACAGGAGACUGUUAUUGGGAACGUACAUUGCACCUACUGGAGGUUCUGUGUCCACCGGGAACCUUUUUCAUCAGAAGCAGUUUCUUGUUCUUGUUGUUUACAGUGGAAAUGACACUAAUGCAUGUUUCCCACAGCGCUGACAGCCUUAGCAUGAUUUAAACGCUUGCAGCAACGAGCACUAGAGGUUCUUAUUGUUUCAAAUUCAAGCAAAAGCUCCUCUAACAGAGGUUUUAUCGUCUCAUAUUGUAUUGAGUGCUGAAGACAUGUUGAGCGCUGCUCCCUAAAAAAGAAAUACCUGGUGGACCCAGAACCCAGAGACAGGGAUUUACACUCCAAUCUCAAAUCUGAUUUUACACCCAACUCUGAACUUAAGGCUUUCAGAGCAGGCACCUAAGCAGUGUCUUCAAACAGCUCAGAGCAACAUGGGUGUAAGUGAGGAGUUCCAUUUCAAAACUGUUUUGGGAGGAGAAAUCUGUGGUGCAGUUGCCACAAAUGUUACUGGUUUGAAUUUGCUCAAAGCUUUAAUAAUCAUGCACGAGGUUGCGUAACAUUUGACAAACGGAGGCUAUUUUAUUUUGGAAUGAAACUCUGCCAGAUAUGAGCUCGUGCUGUAAAUCCAGUGUUUUGUUGUGUGUUUUAUACUGAUAAUGUUUUGUCUUUGGGAGUGGUGAUGACUGGGACUCACCGGCACUUUGUUGUGGAUUGAAAACCGGAAUGAGAGAAUGGAAUAAAAGAUGGAUUUAUCUUUA